CCCUGUCUAGCCGCCGCAACCACAAUUCCUCUCCAGUCACCAGAAAAAGACCUCCAAAAACUCACCGCAAUCGGGCACAACCCAUCGCCGGUUCGGGUUCCUCUUCCAAAUCAAAACAACCCCUGUUUUGCAUCUUACCCUCCCACAACAUCUCGCUACUGCCGGAAAAUCCAACACCACCGGAGCCUGCGCGUAUCCAGACGCAUCCGGCAAGGAGUGUCCGACCGGCGAUUUCUCUUAGGGCUUGCAAUUUUUUCGAAUGCUGCAUGUGCGGGAGCAGUCAUGCAACCGGCACGGUUCAAUCACUCUAAUAGCCUCUUCAUCUUCAUUUUAUGCCCUUUGCAGUUAGUUCUCUACCCAGAUGCAUUUCCAUUUCUCAAUUUGAAAAAUUCAUACCCAAGAAGUGGCUCCAAAGUGUCAAAGUUUCAGACUUCCGAAAAAAUAUUGAAUCCAUUUUUUCUGGGUGUGAUGAUUUUGUUAUAGGGACUCAUAUACCUUAUGAUGAAUCAAUGGUGGAUUGCUUACUUCCUACCUUGAAGAAUUAUGUCAGUGAAGGCCAAUUGUUGAAAGCGUUUAAAAUUUUCGGUCUUAUUCAGUCGUAUGUACCCUUGCAAUCUCCAUGUGGCACUGUGCUGCAAUCCUUAUCGUCUCUCUUCUUGUGUUGCAUUAACCUUAAGUCAUUUGGUGUGGGCAAACAACUCCACGCGUAUGCUAUUACUUCUGGUCUUGCACGCCAUGGCAUGUUGGUUCCUAAAAUCAUUACCUUUUACACAACAUUUGGAUUACAUUUUUAUGCUCACGUAGUGACUGAAUCGUCAAACAUUUUGCACCCUUUGCCAUGGAAUCUGCUCAUUUUUUCCUAUGUUAAAGCUAGGCGGUAUGAAGAUGCUCUAUCUGCUUACAAGCAGAUGGUGAGUAAGGGAAUUCGGCCUGAUGAUUUCACUUACCCAUCUGUUCUUAAGGCAUGUGGUGAACAGGCAAAUCUUUCUUUUGGGAGGGAGGUUCACAGGUCCGUAUAUGCUAGUUUGCCAGAGAAAAACAUAUUUGUUCAGAAUGCUUUAGUGUCAAUGUAUGCAAAGUGUGGGGACCUGGAUACUGCUCAUGUGAUCUUUGAAAGAAUGCCAGUCAAGGAUGCUGUUUCAUGGAACUCAAUUAUUUCUGGGUAUGCCUCUAAUGGUAUAUGGAAUAAGGCCUUUGAUCUUUUUGAAAGAAUGAUGUCGAAUGGUAUUGAGUUGAAUAGUAUCACAUGGAAUACCAUAGUUAGUGGGUGCACAAAAACAGGCAAUUUUAAAGGUGCUUUUGAGUUGCUCUCGCGGAUGAGAACUUGUGGAUAUCAGUUGGAUCCCGUGGCUGUGCUUAUAGGUCUAGGAGCAUGUUCUCAAACUGGUUCGUUAAGGUUGGGAAAAGAAAUUCACUGUUCGGCAAUUCGGAAUCAUUUUGAGGAUUUUGAUAAUGUGGCAAAUGCUUUGAUAACCAUGUAUGCUAGAUGCCAAGAUCUAAAACUGGCACACGUUCUCUUUCAGUUGAAAGAGCCUAAAAGUAUAGUUUCCUGGAACUCAAUCAUAUCUGGGUUCGCACAUUGGGGUAGAUAUGAGGAAGCCUCGUCCUUUUUGCGGGAGAUGUUGCGUUCUGGAUUCAAACCGAAUUUUGUGACAGUAGCAAGCAUACUUCCCCUGUGUGCGCGGGUUGCAGAUCUGCAACAUGGCAGAGAGUUUCACUGCUAUGUUACUAAGCAUGAAGGGUUCGAGGAACAAUUGUUGUUAUGGAACUCUCUUCUGGAUAUGUAUGCAAGAUCUGGGAAAGUGUAUUUAGCCAAGAAACUAUUUGAUUCUAUGAGCAAGAAAGAUACGGUGACAUACACUUCAUUAAUAGCCGGAUAUGGUGUGCAGGGAAAUGGAAAAGAAGCUCUUAGACUUUUUGAGGACAUGAUUAUGUCCCACUUAAAGCCAGAUCACGUGACCAUGAUUGCUGUUUUAUCAGCAUGUAGUCAUUCAGGCCUUUUAGUUCAAGGAGAGAAGCUAUUUGAACUGAUGCAAAGUGUUUACGAUAUAACUCCCCAAUUGGAGCAUUUCUCAUGUAUGGUUGAUCUCUUUGGAAGGUCAGGUUUACUUAAAAAGGCUCAACACAUUAUGAAGAAGAUGCCGUUUGAGCCAACAACUGCAAUGUGGGCAACACUGAUUGGGGCAUGCAGAAUCCAUGGGAAUACAGAGAUUGGGGAAUGGGCAGCUGAGAAACUGCUGGAAAUGAAACCAGAUCAUUCGGGGUACUACGUUCUGAUAGCAAACAUGUAUGCUGCUGCUGGGUGCUGGAACAAACUAGCUGAAGUGAGGACCUUAAUGAGGGACUCCGGUGUGAGAAAAGAUCCGGGGUGUGCUUGGAUCGACAUGGGUUCUGGGUUUUCAUCAUUUAUGGUUGCAGACACCUCAAACAGUCAAAGGCGUGAAAUUUAUUCUUUGCUGGGAGGAUUGACUAGGCAAAUAAAAGAUGCUUCUCAUGUUGCUAGUGAAGAGGCGACAUCAGAUGAAGAAGCCUAUGAGGAGUUGGUUGCAUAGAUCUUGAAUAGAAAUUAGAGAAUCAAUCCUCUCCGUUGAAAGAUAAGAAUUGGCCUUCGAAGGGAGAAGCUGGCUUCUUCUGUUUCUUUUUUGGGCACAGUUUGUUAUUCCUUCGUGAAAAGACCUUGGGGAAAUAUCAGCCUUGGAGAGAUGAAGGGAUGGGGAUCAUCAUUCAUGAGAUCAUAAAGUUGAUGUCGAGAU